CAGAAGCAGUAGCUCUGUUUUCUCAUCACCCUUCUCAGCUCCAUAAUGCUGCACAUAUAAAGAAAGGAAAAUCAAAGAAAUCACCAUAACGCCAACACCACAAUGCACCACCCCCUCAUCCUUCUCCUCACCACCCUCCUCCUCUACACCGGCCUCACGACCGCCAACGUCGAAAAAACCAUCUUUCUCGGCCCCUCCCCCUCCCUAAUUCCCACUCUCACGCCUCCCAUCGACGACCUAGGCCUCCCACGCCUGUCCCCCUCGUAUUUCCACCACCGCACAAAACUCAAUGCCUCCUUCCCCGGCCCCGACUCCGCCGGCACCGACUCAUGGUUCUUCCUCGAGCAUCUGAUCCCCGGGAAACGCUAUGAAGUACGCAUAUGCUGGCUGGCCACUCAACCAACCUCCUUCCACCUAACAACCUACACCCUCCCGCACGCCCUCGAAACCCCAGACCUCCUAGGCGCGAUAACCACCUACUCCACCGCCCGGCUCGCCCACCAGCAACACCUGGACGACAAUGACCUCGCCCUCCUCUCCGAUCUCGACAAGCAGGUCCGCUACAGCCAAAAGAAGAAAAAGUCUACCAACCCCAAGGGGGGGAGGCACGGUGGUAUCUUCAAACAUUCGCGAUUCACGGCCGGCAGUCCCGUCGAGGAUACGGCCCCGGUCUCGGAUUCGGUGCUGUUCCUGCGGGUCCGCGCCGCGGCGGACUACUACUCCACCGAUCCAGAGCUCAUGCAGAGCGUGGCCCCCGUCGUGGUGGAUGUGAUCCUGGAUCCGUAUCUGGGCAAUGUAUUCCCGCGAAGCUUGGUGCCGACCGCCGGGUGGGUGGUGGUGGUGGCUGGGGUAGCGGUCUUCGUGGGCCGUUGGGUGGUUGCGGAGCUGGGGCGAGUCGUGGACUCGAUUGCUUUGGAGGAGCAGGAGCAGGAGCAGGAAGGAGAGAUUGGUGGUGAGAGGGAGGCAAAGAAGAUACAGUGAUCUCUCACCUCCGAUCUAAUGCAUAGCCCGAUUUAUCUUAUGUGUAAAUAUAUUGAUUAUGACUCGGUACGAUAUAGCGUCGACUCUGUGACUUGGAAAAUGUAUAACUUGAUUGAAUGAGUAUUGGGAAAAGGCGUGGAAUCACAUUCAUGGUCAUGGGCAGCAUAUACACAGCAAGCACUAGGCAAACAUAAUAACAUGAAGAUCAUUCAAUCAUAGUAUGUGAGCGUCUA